AUGGACGAACCCGACUCCGACCUCUCCUCCCUCUCCUCUGCACCCUCCGAAAUAGAUGAUGAAGCCAUGGAGGCCAAAAUAGAAGCAGACCUUGCAGAAAACAAGAACCCAAAAGGCAUAGGACGAUAUUUCAAGCCUACGCCGAAAAGUGCGAAGAAGAAGAAAGAGGCCUCUUCGCCAGAACCCCCAAAACGCGCUCCAAGUCCGCCCCAUGAAUUUGUCCUCGCGGACAAGGACGCAAUCGCGUUCAUUGUUAUGUUCAGAAGUCGGUUUAGCGAAUGUUUUGCGAGUUCUUUACCACAUUAUGGUCCACAAGACAUUGAGCGUGGUAUUGAGGGUGAACAGCCGGACGAGCACGUGGAACGUCUUCUUUGCGCCUUGUUGACGUUGUGUCUGAACAGGAAAAAGCCUGUUGAGAAGGGGCAUUAUGGGCGUGCCCUGGAAGAUGCUGUCUCAGAAUACAAGUCGCAGUGGCCGAGGGAGUGGAAUGGUCAAAAUCCCGUCAGUGGAAGCAAGGGUUUCCAGACUAUGACAGCUGAAGAACGACUUGUCCUCCUCAGAUCCUUGAUCCUAUGGUCGCUCCACGGCUCAGAAGCUAUCAGUACCGCGAGCAAACAAGCCUACAAACAGACAAGACGCGAAGAUGACAAGAAUCAGCCCAAAUCUGUACAACCAUGGUUCUCUGACAGCUGGAGGAGAAAGUACUACUUAAUAGAAGGACAAGAAGAUUCACACUUCCGCAUCUACAGAGAGAACGAUGGCAAGACCGCAAAGACGAACGUAUGGUUCAGCGUAGCCGGCACGAUCGACGAAGCGAAGAGUUUGGCUGAUAAGCUCGAGAUCGAGAUGCCAGGAACUCAAGGAGUACUUGUAGCAAACAAGAUCAGAACGGCUGUACCAAGAUGGGAGGCAGGCGAAGAGAAGCGUAGGAAGAAAGACUACAGACUUGCUAGGAAAGCUGCCUUUGUAAGGCCGGAAGUCGGCUUCUCGUUAUACGAGGGACGAACGAGAGGUAAAAGAGUACGCUACGACUACGAUAAUUUAGGCGAUGACGGUGAGGAGUUGGAUUCGUCGAGGGGCGCCUCCGGCAGGUCAACGCCACUGGAAGAAGGACGGCCCAUGGUAACCUCCAGUGGUCGACAAGUGAAGUCAAGGCUCGGUGGUAUGUAUGGCGAGACCAUGCUCACAGACCAGCGAAAGGAAGCUGAAAAGGAUAGAGCAUUCAAUAGUGAAGACACGGAUGAGAUGGUCACUUCGAGAGGCAGGCCUGUCAGAACAUCCAUUCCUACAAAACGUGCUGCUGCUGCUAGAGGCAGAUACGCAGAUGGACUAGAGUCAGAAAGUGAAUCUGACCAGGACGGUGAGCCAAGCGCCGAUGAAUGGGAGGGCAACGACGACGAGGAACCGGACGACGAAUCUGAGCCGGACGGCGAGGAGUCACGAGAUUCAGAUGAUGAGCUUAUGAGUAAUAUGGACGACGACAAUACUCAAGAAUCGUUAGUUGUCCAGCUAAGGUAUCGCAAAAAAUCCUUACAGAAUGGGAACAGUCAUGGCACAAACGGAACUGCGUCGAGAGGCACACCCUUGCGCGAAGUACAAAACGCAGCAGAUACGAACGGGACACAAGCUGACACGCCACAUCCUGCAGCUGAAACCACCUUGAAUGGAGAACCAAACCCAGACAUCGAGCGUCCAGAGCCAGUUACCAACGUCGCAAGCAUGCAGAACGGCCACUCUGACAGCAAGGCGAUCAUCGACGAAGAGAAGCCGACAGUGACUUCAGCUCCCAUACAGGUUACUACUUCUUCAAUAAUGGACAUGACCUAG